AUGGCGGACGCUACUUCUCCAGCAGAGCCCUCUAAGUCUGCCCUUAAAAAGGCAGAAAAGCAAGCAAAAAUGCAAGCCGAAAAAGCUGCAAAGUUGGCCAAACAAGCAACCAUUGCGGUGGUCGGCGGCAAGAAGACAGAUGCAGGCAGCGAUAUCAUUGGGAUGACAGUCUCGAAGUCAGAGAACUUUUCAGCUUGGUAUCAGGAGGUAGUCCUCAAGGCGGAGCUUGUGGAUUAUUACACAGAGAUUAGUGGCUUCUACAUCCUGCGUCCUGCCUCCAUGUUCAUUUGGAGUGUCAUUCGCAAGUGGUUCCAGGAGCGCAUCGAGGCUAUAGAUGUCGAGGAAGCAAGUUUCCCUAUGUUCUUGUCGUCAAAGUCUCUAGAGAAGGAAAAGGACCAUGUCGAGGGUUUCGCUCCCGAACUUGCUUGGGUGACAAAGGCUGGGGAUAAAGACCUCGAAGUCCCAGUCGCAGUCCGUCCUACUUCAGAAGCUGUCAUGUACCCAUACUACUCGAAGUGGAUCAGAAGUCAUCGUGAUCUUCCCCUCCGCCUCAACCAAUGGAACAGUGUCGUCAGAUGGGAAGCCAAGCAGACAACCCCUUUCUUGCGCGCAAGAGAAUUCCUAUGGCAGGAGGGACAUACCGCACAUUUGACUGAGGAGCUAGCUGGUGAGGAAGUCUUGCAGAUUCUUGAGCUUUAUGCUGGAGUCUACGAGCAGUUGCUGGCUGUUCCAGUCGUAAGAGGUCGUAAGACAGAGAAGGAGAAGUUCGCCGGAGGAUAUUACACUACAACCGUUGAGGGUUACAUUCCAUCCAAUGGCCGUGGUAUUCAAGGUGCUACAUCUCAUUGCUUAGGUCAAAAUUUCAGCAAGAUGUUUGAUAUCACCGUCGAGGAUCCUGCUCCAAAGGUCGGCGACAAAGCCAAGCACUUGCACGUCUGGCAAAACUCAUGGGGUCUGUCCACCCGUGUCAUCGGUGUCAUGGUUAUGAUUCACGGUGACGACAAAGGUCUCGUUCUCCCACCUCGUAUUUCCAGACUGCAGGCCAUCAUCAUCCCCGUCGGCAUCAACAAGUCUACUACCCCAGAAGAUAAAGCCAAGCACUACGACCAAUUGCAAGAGUUAAAGGAGACUCUCAAGAAGGCCGGAAUCAGAGCUGACUAUGAUAUCCGCGACGGUUACACUCCAGCCUGGAAGUUCAAUGACUGGGAGCUCAAGGGUGUUCCUCUCCGUCUCGAGUACGGUCCCAAGGACGCGGCCAAGUCUGUUGUAUCAUUCGCUCGUCGUGACACCGGUGAAAAGGGCACAAUCGCGAUCGCAGACCUCGCCACCGAGAUUUCCAAGCUCCUCGAGACCAUUCAGAGCGACAUGUACAAGAAAGCCGACGCUGCCUUCCGUGAGCACCGCAUCAACAUCACCAAAUGGGAGGAGGUUGUUCCAGCUCUGGACGCCAAGAACGUAGUCUUGAUUCCUCACUGCCUGGCAGAGAAGUGCGAGGAUAAGAUCAAGGACUUAACCACCGGCAAGCCAGAGGAGCAAGAAGGCCCAGAGCAGCUGAAGGCUCCGAGCAUGGGAAUGAAGAGCUUGUGUAUUCCUUCUGAGCAGCCAGAGGGCAUUGUCAAGGGAGAGACCAAGUGCUUGAAUCCAGAGUGCGAGGCUUUCGCUGAGAAGUGGUGCAUGUUUGGUCGGAGUUACUAG